AUGAUGAGUGGACAAUUUAAGAAUACUGGACGUGGUUCCAAUGGAAGAAACGCUGGACGAGGAAGAUUGCAGCAAGGCCAAGGUAAUGGUCAAUACAAUGGAAAUAAGAGUGGCAAUGGUAGCCAGAAAGAGAAGAAGUUUCAUCCUCUGACUAGAGGAAACAUUCCCAAAUUUAGCUUUGAUGAAGUGAAGAAGACAUUGGUGAUUAAAAUGUCAACGAUGAAGAUAGAUCAUAUUGAUGACAUGAUUCAGAGUGUACGAACCUUGAAGUUGUUCGAUAUUGAAAGUGUGAAACCAACAUUGGUAUUGAUAACUGAUGAGAACGAUGCUGAUAAGGAGAUCAAGAAUGAAGAAAGAAGAACUAACUAUUUGGCUGAUCGAAAGGAUUGGAAGACCAGGAAGAACGCGUUUGAUAACAAUAAACGCAAUGUCUAUGGAAUGAUUAUGAAGAUGUGCACCGAUCAUAUGGUGGACAAACUUGAGCGAGAAGCUGACUUUGAUAACAAGCUGUUCAAUGAUCCUGUGGAGUUAUUGAUGCGGAUCAAGAAAUUUAUGACGACUACUGUUGAUACAGAAUGGGAAUAUUUUGGUCUUUGGAAGACAAUGAGCAAUCUGAUUAAUUGCCAUCAAAAGGAGAAGGAAAACAUUGCGAGUUUUUGUAAACGAUUUGAAGAAAGGGCAAAGGCAUUGCAAGCUUUGCUCGGUGAUGAUUUUUUGGACAAAUUUACUGAGAAGAGUCAGGAAUAUGAUUUAUUGGGAAGCAAUUCUGAACGAUCCCAAUACAAGAAGGAAUCAUGGGAAAGAUUCAUGGCCAACGGAUUUCUGUAUAAUUCCGAUAGAGCCAAGUAUCAAUCGAGAAUUGAUGGAAUGACGGCGCAGAAAGAGAAGAAGUUUCAUCCUCUGACUAGAGGAAACAUUCCCAAAUUUAGCUUUGAUGAAGUAAAGAAGACAUUGGUGAUUAAAAUGUCAAUGAUGAAGAUGGAUCAUAUUGAUGACAUGAUCCAGAGUGUACGAACCUUGAGUCUGUUUGAUAUUGAAAGUGUGAAACUAACAUUGGUAUUGGUGACUAAUGACAGCGAUCCUGAUAAGGAGAUCAAGAAUGAAGAAAGAAGAACUCACUAUUAG